UCGAUUUUUAGCUGUGAAGGAGUUGUAUCGAGUGGGAAUUUUAAUUUAUUGUUGUAUUUAAAGGGUUUAAUGUAUGUUUUUCUUACGCAGUUGGCGUAACAAACGGAAAUGGGCGGUAUGGUACGGGCGGAAGGAGUACGUCUGCUGGAGCUCACAUGUCUGCAGGAAGCCUUAGGACCAUUAUUGGGAUGCCCUUGUUGUUGCUCUGGGCAGCUGCAGCUGCACGAAGAUGUUCGGCGGUCCAGUGGACUGUAUUCAGCAUUGUGUUUUGCAUGCCAGGCAUGUCAUCAUCGUCUCCCUUUGCAUUCUUCAUGUCGUUCAGGUUCGCAGGGCUGGCAGGUUAAUGUGUACACACAACAGGUUAAGGCUCAGCUUGGACUCGGUGAAGAUAUGUUACGCGAUCUCUUUCGCAUUUAUCAGAUACCGUAUCGAGCACGAAAUGCGUCUGAAGACUGUUCUUCAGGUGAUACUGAUGCACUGCUUGACUGCUUCCUCGAUAGAGGUGAUGCUUUUAGAAGCUUUGUGUGCUCUCUCUGUGAUCAGACUUUUGAAUGUGUAAGAAUGUUGAAACAACACAUGGGUUUACAUACUGUGCACAGUAUAGAAUGUUUAGAUAGUGUCAACAUGAUGGGCUCUCUAGACCGAUCAAGUAAUCAACAGGAAGACGCUCUGCAUGUGCCGAUCGAAUCAAUUGUAACUGAAGCAGCCCUCAAUUUUCCGAGCCCAGAUGUAGAAAAAACCUUGCAACUUUCACCAAAGGAAGAAGUAUUCACAUCGUCAGCAUGUAAUCAGAGGUUUGAGGGGUUAGAUUUGCUUGAACAAAACCUUAAUGGAGAUAGUCUGCAUAGUACUUUUGAGUACACAGAGAGUUUUGAGGAAGCAACAAGUAAUUUCUCAGAAUCACUUAGCCAGCCAGUAAAAAGUGAACUUGCACAAAAUAGUUCCAGACCAGACAUUUCGGGGAGCAAAUACCUUUCUUGUAAUUCAUCACCUAACAGUAGUUCAGCUGUCUCAGCUAGCCAAAAGCUUACAUGCUCUGUGCUGGAACAACAGUCCGUGUCACACAUAGAGCAGAAGAUCCCAUGUGUUGAUGUGAAUUCUUUGCAUUUAGCAAAGACAAACCACAGUUCUGAGCAGGAAGAGAAAACUGCCCUGGAAAAUAAUAUAGAUGCAAUUGUAAUAAACACAGCUCUACAAUUUCAGACCUCAACUAUUGAAAAUAAUGGUAUGUUAAAUAAACAUACACAAAAUAAUACGUCAGAUUCUUCUGAGCUACAAUUGUCUACUAUAAAUACUUUAAAAAACAGUGAUUGCAAUAACAGCAACAGCAAUGCGUUCUCAAGUUUGGAUAAUGGACAUGGUUUAAAUAGUGGAAUGGUUGAAACAGUUAAUAUCUCUGUCGACAGUUCAGUCAAAGUUGAAACUCGAGCAGUUGAAUUUAGUUCCUUAACUGAUAAACUGGGAGUCUCACCAACAGAGACUGACAAAGGUGGUUUAGACAACUGCAGCAUUACGGAUUUUACGUGUAAAAUAUGUGGUCAGACAUUUAAACGUGUGGGUGCACUGAAGCAACACAUGGUACAACAUGAUAGUGGUGGAAGAUAUGUGUGUAGUGAAUGUUCUUCUACUUUUGGUGAUGACAUUCAAUUAAAAAAACAUGUAGGUGAAGUCCAUGCCAAAAGUAAAUACAGUUGUUCAGUUUGUGGGAAAAUCUUCAAAAAAGCCUUCAACCUUGUGCAGCAUGCAAGAACCCAUACAGGUGAGAAACCAUUCUUAUGUGCUACCUGUGGAAAGUCAUUCAGUGAUGCUUCUACAUUCAACAAGCAUCAGAAAACUUUACAUAGUGGUGAACGGAUGCUGAAAUGUCCCACUUGUGGAAAAUGUUUCUAUCACGCAGGUCACUUGAGAGUACACAUGCGCCAGCACACUGGAGAACGGCCGUAUUUGUGUCAGCUGUGUGGUAAAUCCUAUGCAUACCCAGACAGUGUAAAGAAGCACAUGAAGAUUCACUUAGAUGAGAGGAACUUGUCAUGCACUACCUGUGGUCGAAGUUUUCGAUGGAGAGAAAGUCUCAAGCAGCACCUUAAGACACAUCAGCAACAGUCAACAUCUGGUGCUUGGAUGACAGAAGAAAUACAAAGGUCCAACCAUGAGGACAACAUCAUCACUUCAACUCCAACAGAAAGAAGUGCUGUGUCUCAUGAAAAUAUAAGUUCGGUGGCAAGGGAUAUGUCAUUUCUGGAGUCUGUGAGGGAUACUUACUUUUAAGGACAUGUGUGAGAUAUACCUGUACAUGCUUCUAGUGUAACAUGAAAUUUUUUUACGUAGUAGAACCAAGAAAGACAGACAAGUAUUAGCUUGGCCUUGUAACCUUUCAUUGUAAUUCUCACUUUUUAUUCCAGAAAUAUUGAUUUACUUUCAGUUGACGUACCUUACAGAUAAUAAGGGACCAACAUUCUUGCCAGUAUCCUGAGAGACCUUGGCAUGUUUACUGUGUGGUACAAUCAUCAGAGUUGAAUUUUAUAUUUACAGAUGAGCAGAAUCUUGAACUUGGGCUUAUAAAUAUGCCUUACAGGCAUUGCAGCUUUCAUAUUACUGAGCACAAAGUUUUUGGUAUUUCAUUUGAAGACUACUGGGAAAGGAGGGAUUAACUCCAUUUUCUAGAUUUUUUUCAGGGGAGCAGUUUUAAAGUUUGAAACUUCACAGUUUCGGUGUUUAUUGAAAUAUGCUUUUGUAAUUUAUAAGGUGCAUUGAAUGACCAUUCUUUAGUUUUCCAUAAAAGAAUUAAAAAAUAUUUUUAAAAAUUUGACCGUAUGUGUCUUAUUUGUUUGAAUGCUAUUUUUCAGUUUCUUAGUAUAGUUGUCAAAUCAGAUUAUGAAAUUUAGAAACUAAUGGGAUAUUAAGAUCAUUUUUCACUAUAUAACCUCUAUGUAACUCCCACGACAAAAUUCUAUUCAUCUAUGAUUC